GCAAUGUUACACGUAACCGACAGCUUUCGGUCACGAGCUAUGUUGAAAUUCUUUGACGUUUCGUGAUUGAAACUGGAAAGAAUCACUGGUCCGUGUAAACUGUUGCCAGGCAUGGAAGGGCGUCAGCAUUGGACGUGUCUUCUGGUGUUCUUUUGGGUCUCUUUGAUAUGCCCCAUCAUUGGCCACCCUCCUACCUUGCCCUACCUCCUAACCCAUCUCCCAUUUUUCACCGUGUGGAAUGCACCUACUGAGCGCUGUGCAUCUCAAUUCGGGGUCAACCUGGACUUGAGCGUCUUUGACAUUGUCCACAAUCGCAACCAGACCUUCAUGGGUGACAACAUCACCAUUUUCUACUCUGAUAAGUUGGGACAGUAUCCAUUCUACAAUUUUCUCCAUGAACCAGUUUAUGGUGGUGUUCCUCAGAAUGCCAGCCUAAACCAGCAUCUCUGGAAGGCCGACAAUGACUUGCGGUUGGACAUCCCUGAUCGUGACUUUCACGGACUCGCCGUCAUCGACUGGGAGAAGUGGCGGCCACUUUGGGAACGUAACUGGGACACUAAGGAAAUGUAUUGGCUGGGUUCAAGAGCGUUAGUUAAGGCCAAACAUCCUACCUGGAAUCCAGAUCAAAUAGAAGCAGAAGCUGUUAAGGAAUUUGAGGAAGCUUCACGGGCGUUCAUGGAAGAGACAUUAAAACUGGGCCGCACAAAGCGCUCUGGAGGAUUAUGGGGGUUUUAUGGUUUUCCCUGCUGCUACAAUUAUCAGUACAAGAAGAAUACAACUUAUACAGGUGAGUGUCCACCUCUGGAAAUGAAGAGGAAUGAUAAACUCGCUUGGCUUUGGAAAGUCAGCACGGCCCUGUACCCCGAUAUCUAUCUAGAUUUGGGGCUCAAGGGUCGCGAUCGUGAUAUUAUGCUGUACAGCCGUCAUCGUGUCCUGGAGGCCAUUAGGGUGAGAGAACAGACCGCCCACAGACCGCCAUCUGUGUUUCCUUAUGCCCGGAUUGCCUACACACACUCUAUGGAGUUUCUGUCUCAGGAAGACUUGGUUCACACUAUUGGUGAAAGUGUAGCGCUAGGAGUUGGAGGUGUUGUACUUUGGGGAGAUGCAAACUACUCACAAACGAAGAAAGCCUGUGAAGCAGUUCGAGAUUACCUGGAUGACACACUCGGUCGCUACAUUGUGAACGUGACAGAAGCGGCAUUUCUCUGCAGCCAGACCUUGUGCUCGUCCCAGGGGCGAUGUGUCAGACGGAACUCGAGCAUCGAGACAUACCUGCAUCUUGACCCGUCCGUAUGGUCCAUCAUUCACAGAACCAAGCUGCCCGGCCACGUAACUAAGGGUCCAUCUUUUGUAGCUCACAGAAGGUUUAGGACGGUUGUGGAGGACACAAGACUUUUUCAGCUGAUUUUAAGUGUCAGUGUUUUCCAGGCUGGGGAGGUGAACAAUGCCAGAAACCAGUUCCUGAGUCAUUUACAUAACAGAACUUUCAGCAGACCGGAUGACUGGAGUGAUUGAAGCUUGGGGUGGGUAAACAGAAGGUUUGCUGGGUUCAAACCACGAAGGAAGGAUCCACUGCGGGUUCACAAGGGCAAUUUUCUCUUUAACAAGUGUACUGGGAGACACUUUGGAUAAAAGUGCCUGCUAAAUGAAUACUUGCUUGCUUAAUAAUCUUUAUAACAUCUUAUAAGUGUGAUGCCAUUCAAUCAUUUUUCCAGAGUUUUUAUGUGCUACAUGAGAAUAUGCUAAACCCACACUGAGAAUGCAUCAAAUCAGUGAAAUCCUAUGGAAUACAUGGAAUAAACAACAUUGAUAUUGUCACAUCACAAAGUAUUUUUUCAUGUUCUCUUUUAUGAUCGCUUGUUCAUACAGUUUCUUAAGUUGUUCACUUAAAAUCUUUGAAAUUGAAAAAUGAUAUUUGUAUUUCGACAAAUAUUAUUUUUUUUGGACCAUCUACAAAAUGCUGGAGUUUAAAUAUUGAAAUGUGUCAAUUUAAGAUUAAAGAUGACUCAAUUCAAUUUAAUAGAAAUUUGUUAUGAAAUUUAAAUGCGUAUAUUGCUGAUAUGCUUAUAUACUCCUAAAACUUGAGACAAAUGAAAUUUUGUUGUCCAAUUGAAAAUGUCCCUUCCUCUUAAACCAUAUAUCUCUGUAAAAAAAAUUUCAGCUUCGAUAUAAACAGAAAUCU